UAAGAAUAAGACAAGGUGCUUUGAAUUUUGUUUUUUUAGAUAAAAAACUUUUUUGUUUUUGAGGCAUUUCCAUAGCAAAAAGUAGUUAUUCAAUAACUUGUUAGUCAUAUGAUUUAAUAAAAAAAUUAGUGUUUGGUAUUACAGUUGAAUUCAACAAUCAAAGAAAUAUUUUCUUUUUAGAAUUGCACCAAGCAAUAAAAAAAAAGUGGUAAAUUGUUAAAUAUAUCAAAAACAACGAAUACCUUGCAGUUCUAGGUGGAUCACAAAGGUGGGGCAUUUGUGGAUUUUGUGUUGAAAGACAAACAAAAAAAAAUUUGUUGGUAUAAUUUUCUGUUGUUAAGUGUUAAUAUAAAGAUGCAUAUGAUUUAAAGAGAUAUCAAGACUAUGGUAUAAAAUCUAGGGAAGUUUCAAGCGAUUUUUUUAAUAAAAUUUCUAGUAAAGUCGAGCAAGUCAAUUUCCUUUUUAAUUUUUUUUUUUUCUUUACAAUCUUUAAUAAAUCUGAAAUUAAAUUUUUAAAGUAGUUUUAUCUUGCGAAUUCUAUAAAAAAAGGAAUUAAAAAUGAUGAAACGUGCAGCAGAAUCUUUUGAAAUGCCUCUAUUGGCUUCCAACAUGACACCAUUAAUUUGUCAUGAAAUUUCACAACUGUCGAGCCAAAAGAAAGAAUUCAAUCAAGUCACACCCAGUAGAAACGUGUAUGAAGUCAUAAAGCCUGUAGAACGACCACAAGAAGAGGCGAAACAAGCUAUUAUGCGACCAAGCGAAGCACAUUUGAGUAAAGAAAGCACAAUGGUCUCGGAUGCUAUCGAACAAAAAUCGAUAUCUCCACCUUAUUCAACCGAAGCAUCAGGUCAUCGUAGUGACACAACAAGUUUAACAACACAAACAUCUACAUAUAAAAAUAAAAUGUUAGCUUCUUACCGAGCAGAAAUUUUACGACUUGCUCAACGAAGAGAUGUUUUAAGACUUCGAAAGACUGUGACAAUGUUAGUUCAACAUGAGAAAUUAUCAGUUGACGAAUUAAAUAAAUGUCUUAUUCUUCAUCACAUUUGUUGGUCGAGUGAACUCAACGAUGUGGCUCAGUUUUUAAUGGUUCUGGGAUGUAACCCGUAUUAUGGUGAUGCUCAUGGCGAUACAGCUUUACAUUAUGCAGCUAGAGGGUUAAAUUUAUCUUUAUUAAAAUAUUUUUUCAAUGUUUACGGCUAUACAAUUUUGGAAACUUUAAACAAAAAUAAUUUCAACAUUUUUUUAACAGUUGUUAUAGAAGCAUCGGAUGAAGUAUCUUAUGAAAUUUUACAUGUGUUAGAGUGGUUAUAUUUGAACGGUUGUUCUAUCGAAAACCAGGAUAUUCAUGGUCGAACAGGAUUAAUGUGUUCUUGUCAAAGGGGAAGUUGUACUCUUGUUCAAUGGUUUUUGUCUCGAGGUUCUAACUUGGCACAUCGUGAUCAUAACGGUCGAACGGUCUUACAAAUGGCUUGUGUUUCGGGAAAUGAAGAAACUAUACGAAUUAUUUGUGAGUACGGUGCGAUCAAUUUACUUGACUGUAAAUCUAUUGACGAUCCAUCCUGCAACACAGCUUUGAAAAUAUGCUGGAACCAAGGAUAUGUUUUUCUUGCUUUAUCCUUGCAACAAUGGAAUAUUCAAAAACGUUUAUUUGGAACAAUGCAUUUAUUCCGUAGUUCCUAUGCAUCGUAUUACUGGACACUAACGUGUAUUAACUUGAUCAUAUUUUUAUCUAUUGCUCGUUCGCUUAUUCACUCACAUUAUGAGUACUGGUAUCAUUGUUUUGUUUUCCUGGUACUAUACAUUGGCGCGCAAAUGUUUUGGCUUAUAGCAUAUAAAGCAGAUCCUGGUUAUGUUAAAACAAACAUUAUACCCGAUCAAUCCUAUCGAUGCACUUUGGAUUCUCGCUUUAAUAUAGUUCAACGUCCUGUUUAUUCAUAUCGCGUUACUUCAGCGUGUUACAAAUUACAAAUUUUAGAAAGAGAUUUGGUAUGGAUCAAUGCGGAACUUGUUGCGUUGAAUCGUAAUUUUGGUAUUGAGGAUAUGUCCGAAACUCGAUUACCUACAGAUGCAGACAAAAAUUUUCAAGUUUGUUUAUGGAAAAUCCAAAAAAUUCGACAACAAAUGCUCGCUUUAAGCGAGCAAGUAGGAAAAGAACGACAACAAGCAUGUCCGGGCGGAUACGCUAAUGAAGUCUUACAAGGAUCUCCACGACGUGUGUGUAUAACAUGUUGUAUCAUAAAACCGUUUCGCGCUCAUCAUUGUAGUGAUUGUGCUCAUUGUAUUCAUCGCUUCGAUCACCAUUGUAUUUGGAUAGAUAAUUGUGUUGGUAUCGGAAAUCAAAGAGCCUUUUUUCUCUUUUUACUGUUGUUAUCAAGUUCCAUUUUAUAUUUUUGGUAUUUAGUGGGCAUUUAUUAUACAUCACAAAUUAUUAACAAUCCAGAGGAUGUAUUGGAUUUAUUUACAGAGCCAUUAUUCUACAUAGCCUUGACGAAUUCGCUAUGUAACAUUCUUUGGGCUGGAUUUGUAGGAUAUUUAUUGGGGCGUACACUGAAAUCUAUGUGUACAAAUAUGACUUUUUAUGAAUAUCUUAAAAAACCUCCACAUAUUCUCCACCGUUUUGAAGGACAAAUUUAUAAUUUUUUUUGGGAUUUACAAGACUUAUCUUUACCUAAACUGAUUCGAAACAUGUUUUCUUUUUGGUUUCUGGAUCCACGAUGGGAUAAAGACGAUUACCAAGGUGUUUUUGACCACACUAUGAAUUCACAUGAUGAGCUUCAGCGAUUUCAGUUUCCUACCGAAACUUAUCCAUCCUCUAAACAUAAUGAAAUUUUUCAAUUAGCAGAUUUUCCUAGGGUUCCGUACGGGACCGUAUACAAUUCCAUGGAUGUGUGGCACAAUGAGCUACCAUGUCCUAUUAAAGAAUCUACAUCACGUUAUGCUCUUAAAGACUUUUAUUAUCCAAGUCAAAACAUAAGUUAAUUUUUCUUAUAAAGAAGAGUAAGAAAGGAAGAAACAAUGCAUUUCUUGAUUAGGUAGAACCUGAUAAAAAUCAACUACUUUAAUAACCUGAGUUGUUUUAUAAUCAAAGGGGGUUCUCUUCUUUAUACGCACUCGAUUCUCCAAAUUAUCGCAUAGGUCUCAUUAACAAGCCAUCAACUAUUUCUAGUUCUUUUAUUCUACUUGGAAACUGUAGUUUGUUUGUCACUCAUGGAUUUCUGGUAAACAUGAUUUGAGCUUUUUUUAGACGACGUGUUGUUAUGUCGCUUAUUCUGUUAAAUUUAAAUCUGGGCAUUUUAAAAUAACAUUUCACACUCAAUUUUUAAAAUUUUUCGUUGACAAGGCUUUAUGAUUUUACAGGCCUGGCAAGAGGGUUUUAUUUGUUAUUUUUUCUUUGGUACAUCAAAACUAUUGAGCAUUUUUUUUAGUAUUCACUUAUAAAUCAUUUUCUAACAAUAACAAAACAAAAAGUGUGUAACCCACUCUAACGAAUUGU